CUCAUCCGCUCCAGAGCGUACGGUACCGCACACCGGGGCCACAACAAGCCGCAACCCCGCGGUUAGCACGGCGGCAGCCCACCCUCAGAACGGGAGGCUCGGCGCAGGUGCACGGAGCUUCCCUCAGACAGUCCGGAGCACCGAGGUGCAAGAGCGGUCAGGCGGCGGAGGCUGUACCGGAGCGGCAGGUGGAUGAGCCGCUUGGCGGAGCAGCGGAGAGGCGGCGGAGCGGAGAGGAGAGGCUCGAACAACCCGCUGAUUUACAUCGGUAAACCGCCUGACCCUAACGGUGUGUCCAGUCUUGGCCCGCUUGUACCAACCGGACUGUGAUUUGUCCACCCGGUCUCACCGAGAGAGACCUCCGGUUCGGAGCUCCCUCUGCAGCGGCUAGCACUGCGCUGCUAACGUUAGCUGCACUGGGUAAGAGCUAACAAGCUAACAAACAUCAGCAGCUCACCUCGCAUCUGUCACCGCGUCCUGGUCCCGUUAACGAUCGGCAUGCUGUCAUCCCGGACCCCGUGAGACCCGGAGAGACCCAGCAGCCGUGGACAGUCAGCGACUAGUCGCGGAGCUAACGGUUAGCAGUGGAACAUCUGGCCGCUGCUCGCUGGCCGCGUCACGGCCGAUGAUGUUCGCAGUGACUGCAGCUGUUGUGGAGGAACGGCCCUUCCCCACCGAGGCUCAUCGCUUCCCCCGCCCCACGGCUACCGCACGGCCACUCACCGCGUUCAUGUAAACCGCUCCACCGUCCCCGAGCUCCGAGCAUCGUGUCGGUCCUCCGCGGAAGCGGCAGGAGUGACAGGAGCGGCAGACAUGCAGGCGGCGCCGCUGCAGUACGAUUUCUUCAACGAAGAGAAUUCACAGAAAUGGAGAGGACUAUUGGUCCCGUCCCUGGAGAAGGUGCUGUUCCAGGUGCAUCCUAACCUGGUCUCCCAGCAGGAGGCGCUGCAGUACAUUGAGGAGCUGAUCCUUCUGCUGCUCAGUAUGUUGUGUCAGGCUCAGCCUCGCAGUGUCCAGGAUGUCGAGGAACGCGUGCAGAAGAGUUUUCCUCACCCGAUCGAUAAGUGGGCAAUCGCUGAUGCUCAGGCCGCCAUUGAGAAGAGGAAGAGGAGAAACCCUCUGGCUUUGCCUGUUGACAAGAUCCACCCACUGCUCAAGGAGGUCCUGGGUUAUAAAAUUGACCACCAAGUGUCAGUCUACAUGGUGGCUGUUUUGGAGUACAUCUCGGCAGACAUCUUGAAGCUUGCAGGAAACUAUGUCAGGAACAUUCGCCACUAUGAGAUCUCCCAACAGGACAUCACUGUGGCCAUGUGUGCCGACAAGGUGCUAAUGGAUAUGUUUCAUCAGGACGAGGAGGACAUCAGCGGCUUCCCGCUGAUGGAUGAGGAGCCGUCAACCAAUGAGGAGCAGAGUUACUAUGAACUGGUUCGGAGCUUCAUGUCUGAUGGUCGACAGUACCUGAGGCAGCUCAACCUGCUCAUCAAGGUGUUCAGAGAGCCCUUCAACUCCAACAACAUGCUGUUCUCUCAACAUGAUGUUGAUAGUAUCUUCAGUCGAAUCGUUGAUAUCCACGAAGUGACGGUGAAGCUGCUGGGCCUGAUCGAAGACACUGUGGAGAUGACAGAUGAGUGCAGUCCUCACCCACUAGUGGGCAGCUGCUUUGAGGACCUGGCUGAGGAGUUGGCCUUUGACCCCUACGAGACAUAUGCUCAGGACAUCCUGCGCUCCGGUUUCCAUGAAUACUUCUUAAGUCAGGUGUCAAAACCAGGUGCCGCCUUCCACCUUCAGUCCAUCUGUGAAGGGUUUAAGGAGGCUGUUCAGUACGUUCUGCCCAGACUUCUGCUGACUCCGGUCUACCACUGUCUGCACCUGUUCGAGAUCCUCAAGCAACUGGAGGAGAAGAGCAAGGAAGAGGAGGAUAAGGAGUGUCUGAAGCAGGCCAUCACUGCCCUACUGAACCUGCAGAGCAGCAUGGAGAGGAUCUGCUCCAGGAGUCUGGCCAAGAGGAGGCUCAGUGAGUCAGCGUGCCGGUUCUACAGCCAUCAGAUGAAGGGGAAGCACCUCGCCAUCAAAAAGAUGAAUGAGAUUCAAAAGAACAUUGACGGCUGGGAGGGGAAGGAUAUUGGACAGUGCUGUAACGAGUUCAUUAUGGAGGGAACUCUCACACGUGUUGGUGCUAAACAUGAACGGCACAUCUUCCUCUUUGAUGGCCUGAUGAUCUGCUGUAAAUCCAACCAUGGCCCGCCACGACUCCCUGGCGCCAGCUCCACUGCUGAGUAUCGCCUGAAGGAGAAGUUCUUUAUGCGCAAAGUUCAGAUCAACGACAAGGAUGAUAAGGAAGGCGAAUACCGCCACGCCUUUGAAAUCAUCCUGAAGGAUGGGAACAGCGUGGUGUUUGCUGCCAAGUCGGCAGAAGAGAAGAACGGCUGGAUGGCGGCGCUGAUCUCAUUGCAGUAUCGCAGCACGCUGGAGCGCAUGCUGGACUCAGCUCUACUACAGGAGGAGAAGGAAGAACAGAUGAGACUGCCGGGCCCCGAGUUAUACCGCUUUGCUGAACCAGACUCUGAAGAGAAUGUGGUGUUCGAGGAGAACGUCCAGUCCAAGUCCGGGAUCCCCAUCAUCAAAGCUGGGACAGUCCUGAAGCUGAUCGAGAGGCUCACCUUCCACAUGUAUGCAGAUCCAAACUUUGUCCGCACAUUUCUGACCACGUACAGAUCCUUCUGUAAACCUCAGGAGCUGCUGGACCUGCUGAUGGAACGGUUUGAGAUCCCGGAGCCUCGGCUGUCAGAGGUGGAUCAGAUGGAGGGUGGAGAGCAGCUGCUGAGCGCUGAACUUAAACGCUUUCGUAAGGAGUUUGUUCAGCCAGUUCAGCUCAGAGUGUUGAAUGUUUGUCGCCACUGGGUUGAACAUCACUUCUAUGAUUUUGAGAGAGAUGCUCACCUGCUGAGACGACUGGAGGAAUUCAUUGCUUCAGUCAGAGGUAAAGCGAUGAGGAAGUGGGUGGAGUCUAUCACUAAGAUCAUCCAGAGGAAGAAGCAGGUGCAGGUGAGUGUUCCCAGUCACAGCAUCACCUUCCAGAACUCUCCUCCACCCAUCGAGUGGCACAUCUGUAAACCUGGAAACAGCGAACAGUUUGACCUCAUGACGCUCCACCCCAUCGAGAUCGCACGGCAGCUCACCUUGCUGGAGUCUGACUUCUACAGGGCAGUACAGCCGUCUGAACUGGUGGGCAGUGUUUGGACCAAAGAGGACAAAGAGAUCCAUUCCCCAAACCUGCUGAGGAUGAUUCGCCACACCACCAACCUGACGCUGUGGUUUGAGAAGUGUAUUGUGGAGACGGAGAAUCUAGAGGAGCGUGUAGCUGUUGUGUCCCGGAUCAUUGAGAUCCUGCAGGUUUUUCAGGAUCUGAACAACUUUAAUGGAGUCCUGGAGGUGGUCAGCGCUAUGAACUCGUCCCCGGUCUACAGGCUGGAUCACACCUUUGAGCAAAUUCCAGGCCGUCAGAGGAAAAUCCUGGAAGAGGCUCAUGAGCUGAGUGAAGACCACUACAAGAAGUAUUUAGCCAAACUGCGUUCCAUCAACCCCCCCUGUGUGCCCUUCUUUGGGAUCUACCUGACCAACAUCCUGAAGACGGAGGAGGGAAACCCCGACUUCCUACGGAGACACGGAAAAGACCUGAUUAACUUCAGCAAGAGGAGGAAGGUGGCCGAGAUCACUGGGGAGAUCCAGCAGUAUCAGAACCAGCCCUACUGUCUGAGGGUGGAGAAUGACAUCCGGAAGUUCUUUGAGAACCUGAACCCAAUGGAGGACCAGUCGGAGAAGGAUUUUACUGAUUAUCUGUUCAACAAAUCUCUGGAGAUCGAACCUCGAAAUGCCCGUUCCUUACCACGAUUUGGGAAGCGGUACACCUGUCCUCUGAAGUCUCCGGGGAUCCGCCCCACCUCAGCACGACCAGGUACCAUGCGCCACCCGACGCCACUGCAAAAUGAACCGAGGAAGAUCAGCUACAGCCGCAUCCCUGACAGUGAGGCGGAGGGCGGAGCCGUGUCCGCACCCAAUUCCCCCCGCACGCCACUAACUCCACCCCCUGCCUCCGCCGCCUCGAGCACCACAGAUGUGGGCAGCGUAUUUGAUUCACCUCAAGGUCCCAGCAGCCCCUUCCAUUCAACUUCUGACAGUAUCUUUGCUGUGGUCGCUCUUCCUCAUGGCCCACGGUCAUCAUCUGUCUCAUCCAUGGUCAGUUUCAGUCGGGGGGAUGAUGUUCCGGUUCCUCCUCCUGUUCCUCCUCGCAGACGCCCAGAAUCAGCGCCGGCAGAGUCAUCCCCUUCCAAAAUGAUGUCACAGAUGAUUGACAGCCCCCCAGCUGUUCCUCCUCGUCAGCCUACCUGUAAGCUCCUCCCCCCACGUUAUUCAUCAUCGCUGUCAUCCUCAUCGCCCCCAGACUCACCACCCUCCCUCCCCCCUCGGGAACCUCUUAGUUCCCCCUCGCCCCUCCACCUGCUGCCCCCUCCUCAGGGCCGUCCUCAGGCCUUCUUCCCCCCCUCCUCAGGCCCUACCCCCUCUGCCACCCCUGCCCCCUCCACCUCAUCACCCCUUCCCCUUCCAUCCCCACCACUACCCCUCCUCCCGUUGGACGGCCCCCCUGUCCCUCCUCGACACGGCCCCCCAGUCCCAAAACUGCCUCCAAAGACCUAUAAGAGGGAGGCGCUGAGCCACACCCCCCUGCUGGACACGCCUCCUGCACUCUGAUUGGACAGUGGGGGUGGGUUUUCCUCUGAUUGGACAACAACACUACAGCUGAUUGGAUCAGAACAAACUGAAAGUUCAAAAGAAGAAACUGAACUAAGAAAACAAACAUCUUGUGCCCUUAUCACAAACAGAUACACACAAUCACACAAACAUUCAAAUACACAGAUAGACAAACAUAUAAACUGAAUGUGUCAUCAGCUAAAUGCUGAUAUAAUGUUCAAUGUUGUUGGUUCUGAUCUGGUUGUCAUCAGAUCACACCUAACUGGACUUGAGAGGAUCCUUACAGGAUAAUGUGGGUAAUGUAGUGCUCCACAGACUGAGGCUGAGCCUUAAGGUACCAGAACCAAAGAGGUACUCUGUUUAGACAGGGUUCUGGAGGAUGAGAUGGUUCUGCUGUGAUUUUUCUUGUUCGUCAAUGAAGAUGGAAAAAAAGAUGAAGAUGGACUUCUUUAAACAAGGGAAUAAAUGUGUUUAUACACUGAUGUGAUGGAGACCA